AUGGCGCGGCUUCGGGAUAAGUCCAUCUCACCGGCGGGGCUGGCGCGCCUGAACGCGAAUUUGCGGCUUCUUCAGGCCGCCUUUCAGCAUAUUUUGCCCACCGACCUCGCGGUCUACGACGCCGUGAGGCGUUAUAUGGGGCGGCCGGCCGUCUUUCUGCGGUAUAUCGCCGCCCACGAUGUCGUCAAUGAGCUGAUCGCGACCGAGGACUACGCGCGCUUCACCACGGCGGAGGUCGAGGCGCUCAUUCGCCUGGUGUUUCGCCAGGCCGACAGCGAGGCCGGGGACGACCGCGCGCGCGGCCAAAUCGCCCUCUUCCACGCCAAACUAAAGGAACUCGCGGGCCCCGGGCGGGGUUGGGGGCGCGCGGGUUCUACCGCCGUCGACUCGCCCCGCCCGACGCGGGAGACCCCGCCGAAGGCGAUCGCGCCCGAUCGCGCCGACCCACCGACCCCGGGAUCACCGCGGGAAAGGGGGCCAACGGCGAAAGACGGACCGGAUGAGGCCCGAAAGCGAUUAGAGGGCAAGACACCCUUUUAA